GGAAGCUGUGGUCAGUGAGUCGCUGGGCGGGAGAACACAGAGACACACUGAAGGACCCGGUCCCUCCGGAGACUCAGGCUGCAGGGUUCACUUGUGUCAGAACUCUUGAGGAUGAACCGACGCUGCGUUGCCGCUGAUGGCGGCGCUCGCCCAGCCGGCACCACCGGAGGCCCCGAGAACCGACCCGGACCAGGACCAGGACCGGGACCGGGACCGGAACCAGGACUGGGACCAGGACCCCGAGAGCGCUCCUCCUCCUCGGCGGUCCCCGCCCCCGAGGCGGCGGCGCCGCGUCCCCAUCAGCGCCGGUGGUCCGUGACGUCGGCCGUCGUCACGGUGAGGAAGGACAGGAAGGAGCCGGCGCCUCCUCAGCGCGGCGUGUCGCUCCUCCGGCCUCACGCGGCGCCGCGGCCGCCAUCCCAACGCUACUCCUGCCCCCCCAUCGGGGCCUUCGGCGGCUCCUCCUCCUCCUCCUCCUCCUCCUCCUCUUCUUCCUGCUCCUCUCCUCCUCCUGUCCAGACGUCCGUGGUCACCGGCCGUGACCCUCUGGGCUGGAAGCUGCGGUCCAGGUCCGGCUCCGCCUCCCCCCGGCCUCCCGCCGCCCGGUGGUCCCUGCAGACCCCCCUCCUCCCGGUCCUGAUCCCCGGACCGAGUCCUGCAGCCGAGUCUCGGUCGGACCCCAGACCGCCCCGUCGCCGCCACUCCGACUCCUCGGCGUUCCCCGGGUCCCCGACGACCCCCCCGGUGACCCUGGAGGAGCUCCGCGACGUGCGGCUCCGCCCCCUCGCCCUAUUGGACGAAUCGGACGACGUCUUCGGAGAGGAGGCGGAGCCGACCGGCCGGCCGCGCAAAGCCCCGCCGCCGGUGCCAGAGAAAACGGCGGCGGCGAGACAAACGGCUCGCCUGAUGACGCGUACGCGGCGGCGUGGGCCUCUGGCGGCGGACAAGGAAAUCAUCUACAGCCGCGUCGUGAAGCCACAAGCAGGACGGUCGCAGAGGGAGGCGGAGCCUCAAGGCCCGAACGCCAGAGUCACCGGUAAAUAAAGACCCGAGCAGAAAGAAUGGUUACAUAACAUUUCGCGUAUAUAUAAAUUCAUAUAUAA